CCAUUGUGUGUCCGGUUUCUAGAGAAGCCAAUCAGUGUCACCGCCUUUCUGGUUAUAAAGUGUCCACGGACGAGCCCGCACACAGACUGUCCUCAGAGCUGGAGGCUGCCGGUCAUGGGACCCCGAACCCUCCUCCUGCUGCUCUCGUGGGCCCUGGCCCUGACGGGGACCCGGGCGGGCUCCCACUCCCUGACGUAUUUCGGCACCACCUGGUCCCGGCCCGGCCGCGGGGAGCCCCGCUUUGUUGGCGUCGGCUACGUGGACGACACGCAGUUCGUGCGGUUCGACAGCGACGCCGCGAAUCCGAGGGCAGAGCCGCGGGCGGCGUGGAUGGAGCAGAUGGAGCCGGGGCACUGGGACCAGCGGACUGGACACGCCAAGUUAUACCAACAGAUUUUGCGAGCGGACCUGCAGAGCGCGCUGGAGAACUACAACCACAGUGACGCCGGGUCUCACACCCUCCAGGCGAUGUACGGCUGCGACGUGGGGCCGGACGGGCGCCUCCUCCGCGGGUACGUUCAAGAAGCCUACGACGGCGCUGACUACCUCGCCUUGAACGAGGACCUGCGCUCCUGGACCGCGGCGGACACGGCGGCUCAGAUGUCCAAGAGGAAACUUGAGGUGGCACAAGUGGCGAACCGCCUGAGGGUCUACGUUGACAGCAGGUGCCUGGAGUCACUGGGCAGAUACCUGGAGAUGGGGAAGGAGACGCUGCUGCGCGCAGAUCCCCCAAAGACACAUGUGACCCAUCACCGCACCUCUGACCAUGAGGUCACCCUAAGGUGCUGGGCGCUGGGCUUCUACCCUGCGGAGAUCACCGUGACCUGGCAGCGUGAUGGGGAGGACCUGACCCAGGACACGGAGCUCGUGGAGACCAGGCCUGCGGGGGAUGGGACCUUCCAGAAGUGGGCAGCUGUGGGGGUGCCUUCUGGAGAGGAGCAGAGAUACACGUGCCAUGUGCAGCACGAGGGGCUGCCCGAGCCCCUGACCCUGAGAUGGGAGCCGCCUCCUCAGGCUGCCAUCCCCACUGGCAUGGUGGUGGGCAUCAUUGCUGGGCUGGCCCUACUUGGAGCUGUGGUCACUGGAGCUGUGCUGUGGAGGAGGAAGCGCUCAGGUGGAAAAGGAGGGAGCUACGCUCAGGCUGCAGGUGAGUUUGGAGCGGGGUGAUCCCUGAGACCCUUG